CGCGAGUGCAUCUCCGUCCACGUCGGCCAGGCCGGCGUCCAGAUGGGCAACACCUGCUGGGAGCUGUACUGCCUGGAGCACGGCAUCCAGCCCGAUGGGCAGAUGCCCAGCGACAAAACCAUUGGUGGAGGGGACGACUCCUUCACCACCUUCUUCUGUGAGACCGGGGCUGGGAAGCACGUGCCACGGGCCAUCUUUGUGGACCUGGAGCCCACCGUGAUCGAUGAAGUUCGGGCUGGAAUCUACCGCCAGCUCUUCCACCCCGAGCAGCUGAUCACUGGCAAGGAGGAUGCUGCUAACAACUACGCCCGCGGGCCCUACACCAUCGGCAAA